GCAGGGGGCGCUGCUGGCCGUUUGGCUCUCGUCUUUACACGGACAACAUCCUGUUCUGUCGUUGGUCGAUAUGUGCUGUGUUUUGAAUAGAGAGAUACCUCUCAGCUGAUUUUACUACGUGAUGGAAGAGGAGGCAGACACCGGUGUUUCCUCGCGGGCCGAGAGGAAAGCGUUGGAAAAGGCCAAAAUACUUAAACGAGAAAGCGAGAAGAAGAUCUUCAGACUGGUUGGACGAGUCCUGAAGAAACCGGAGGCUGAGCGGUCGGAGGACGAGGCUGCUGUGUUACUGCUGCACAGAGAAACUGUGGACGAGCUCUGCAAGAGACAAGUCCGCAGAAAUGUGCUCAAGAGGAAGCAGGAGGAGGUGUUUGAUGACGCUGAUGAGCUGAAGAGUAAAGUCAGGCAGCUCGCCAUGGCAGUCAAACAAGCAAAACACGUGGUGCUAUACACUGGAGCUGGCAUCAGUACGGCAGCUUCUAUCCCGGACUACAGGGGCCCUAAUGGGGUGUGGACACAGCUACAGAAGGGACGGACAGUCAGUUCAUCCGACCUAAGUAAAGCGGAGCCGACCCUCACGCACAUGUGCGUUAGGAUGCUACAUAAGGAAAAGCUGGUACAGCAUGUUGUUUCUCAAAACUGUGACGGACUUCACUUGCGUAGCAGUCUACCCAGACACGCCCUGUCUGAGCUUCAUGGAAACAUGUUUAUUGAGGUGUGUACGUCCUGCACGCCGGUCAGGGAGUAUGUGCGUUUAUUUGACGUGACGGAGCGGACGUCGCUGCAUCGCCACGGGACAGGCCGCAGGUGUAGCCACUGUGGCGGUGAACUCAGGGACACCAUAGUGCACUUUGGAGAACGGGGAACCCUAGAGCAACCUCUCAACUGGAAGGGAGCUGCACAGGCUGCCGAGAUGGCCGAUGUUAUCCUCUGCUUGGGCUCCAGUCUGAAGGUGCUGAAGAAAUACGCUUGUCUGUGGAGCAUGAACAGACCAGCAAGCAAAAGGCCCAAACUCUACAUUAUCAACCUCCAGUGGACACCAAAAGAUGUUCUGGCUGUGUUGAAAAUUCAUGGCAAGUGUGAUGACGUCAUGAGCCUCCUAAUGGAGGAGCUGAACAUUCAGGUGCCUGUGUACGACAGAGCAGAAGACCCCGUCUUCAGUCUCGCCGCACCUCUGCGGCAAGAAGAGGUCGACAGCCAUACUCGUGAGGUCAUAGCUCCGCUUGAUGGGCAGGAGGACUGCUUACCUGGCUCUGGAGAGCAGGCAGAAGAAGCCACAGCUGUGCAGGGCGGCUGGUUUGGUCGAGGCUAUGGCAAAGGAAGGAAAAAGAAGAAAAAAGCUGCAUAAUCAAGCAGACUUUAGAGACUCCUUCGAUGUGGUCAAGUACGUCAAUCCCAAUGAGGGAUUCAAAUGUGCGCAUGUUGAUUACAUUACUUAUGAAUGAUCAAAAAUGGAAAGUCAAAAACUUUGCUAACAAAGCCAAAUAUUAAGUGCAACACAUAGCAGGCCAGCUAAUAUUACUGACCCGGUUCCAUAGCCCAGUAGCUAGCAUAGCCAACAUAGCCUGUAAGACAAAGUUUGAAUGACAAAACCAUAAAAUAAUUCUCACUCGCACCCUGUAGGCUCAGAAAGUGUUUCCUCCUUGACACGCAGCAUGUGUGAUGGUCUCAAUGGAUAGCAGUAGUGUCAAGUUUUGAUGAAAAAAAAGUCCAAAGAAAGUUUUGAAACCACUCCUGCAGCAUAAUAAUUUUUCUGCUAUCCCUCUGUAUGCUUAGUACAUCACAAACGCAUUUAUAUUUUCAUUGAUGUAUAGUUCUUACAACCUACUUUGAAGCCUAUAGAUGCUGACUGAUCAUCAGAAGAUCAUAUUAUUGGUGGAGUGUCCCUUUUAAAUGUAUUUUAAGUUGUUUUCUUUACCAAGUUGGUAUUUGUUUGAGCAUUAGCUAAACCUAAAUGGACGCACUGGUGCCUGAAGUGGAAGUUACUGUACAUGCUCAUGGGUAGUUCUUAUAGUGGAACACAAAUGUUUACAAGUGGCACAUGCCAAUGGAACAACUGCAUACAAAUUCUACUGUCAUUCAUCCUCAGGUUUGUAGGAUAGGUAAAACAGCUACUACUGUUACUGAAAUUGUGGAAUUUGCCAAUGUUUACAUGUUUAUCUAAACUUUUAUGCAGACAAUGCAACUCUGCUACUAGCACUUCUUUGUCUACAGAAAUUUAAGAAGGAACACUGAUUUUUAUUUAUUUUUUACUUGCAUUUUGAUUAGUUGUUAGUUUCAGUCGUGUCAAGUUAUUGUUUACUGAAGUGAUUAGAAACAUCCAAAUAUGUUUCUCUAUUCAUUUGUCUCAGGGACAUCCAGUGUUAUUAAUAAUGUCUUCCUGUACCAUAUAGUGUCAGAGGUUAUUAAAGGCCAGACUAGACACAAUUAAUAAUGAUAAUAUUAUUUAUAAUGAUAUCAAUGAAUAUCAUCUUAUAAUAUAGUACACUUGAU